AGUUUAAAAAUGUCAUAUUUAUGAGAAACUAUGCAGCACAGUUUUAAGAUCACAAAUCUUGUGGAUUGCUAUUUGUUCACUUAAAAAAUCUUUUGUUUGAAAUGUUUUAGCAAUAUUAAACAUCUCUAGCAAGGAGGUAUAGCUCUGUGGGUGACAGGAGUGGGUGUUAUAUGAAUGCUAAGUUUUCGUUUGAUGUAAAUGUUUUUCUGAAAAAAGUGGGCCUUUGUCUAUAUUUCUGUGCGAUUUUCCAGGAUGGUACAUUAGGGUUGUGUUAAAUAUUGUAUUGUUUUUGUCUGUGGCUGUUUGUGUUGUGUGUGUAUGUGAUUUGAUUACCUUUGAUUCUUUCAUAUGAAGUACCACAGCAGAAACCACAGGCUUUGAAAUAAUUGUCACAAGGUGAUGCAUUAAAGGAUUUAUACUUAAACAAUUCACAAAACAUCACUUUGAUGUAGAAAAAUGUCGGUGAUGAUCAAACUCUGAAAAUGUUCGUCAGAAGUAAAGCUUUGUCGAAACCUGCUAACAACAGUGUUUUUUAACCAGUAUGUUAAGUGCUUUGUGCUAUGUUUUUUUUGUAUUUUCCACCCCCUCAAUUAAGUGACAGCUUAAUGCAGAAUGCACCAUCAUUUCUCUUACUGUAAACGUAAAGUCCCAUAAUGCCUAAAUUUAUGUCUGAGUAAUAGUAUUCCUUGCAUUACCAACAUUGAUCUGAAGAAAUGUGAUUUCAUAAAAACACCAGGAGUUCAGUUUUGUAUUUUAGUUGAAUUAAAACUGGUAGUGUGAGGAUAUGGAUAUGACAAUCUCCUGGUUGCCUGUCAGCAUUAUUGAAGGCAGGUUGGUUGUGAAAUUAUUUCUUAUAGAAUGAGUUUAGGAGUCUCCCCUUCAUUUGCUACAUCUAGGGAGCCAUUUUUGGACUGCAGUGGUUACAGUAGGAGAAAUUCCAGAAAGAAGGAAAACGCAUGUCAGCUAAAUGAUAGUAGUUUUCCAUUGACAUUUAAAAUUAUAUGCAUGCUGGGAGGUCAUCCAGGGACAACAUGUUGACAUCGGACAGCUGAAAUCUCCAUCUUCUGUGAGGCAGUGAACAUCUGAGGUGGUGGCAAAGACUGACUUGAUGGAAAACCAGGUCUGUGGCGAUAUCGUGGUGAACGUUAUGCUGACUGUGGGUUGUCCAUGCCAAGAAGUGCAUCUAUAGACCUGUGACAGCUCAGGGAGGAAUCUCCUUUAACACAAGAACACUUUUUGUGCCAAUCGAGGACAACUGUUCACUGAUAACAUUGACAGAGUUCAAAAGACAACUAUUUCUGUAAACCUGCAAGCCAGCUUGGGAUUGUUUACCAGCAGGAUAGUGCAAGACCUCCCAGUCCUACGAUUACAGUGCCACUAUUACAAAUGUUGAGGUCUUCUUGUUGCCCAAGUUCAACUGUGCAACCAACUCGCCAGUGUCACCAGUAAGACAGCUGGAACUUGCCAGCCUUUGUCAGCAGACUGCAUCUGUACAACCUUUAGCAGUCUUUCGAGAGACUAAUCAGGUCUGUUCCAAUGCUGUCCAGAUUGUGUUAAUGCACAGAAAGCCAUAAACAAUACUGAUAUCUUAAUGUUUUCAUUUUGACCAUGUAGCAUGUUCCAUGCUGAAAAUGUAUCAAGAUUCUUUGAUCUGUAAUUUCAUUCACAUUAUCUGUGUUUUGGUUGAUGUAUUUCUUUACAGUAUUUUAUUUAAUCCAGUAAGCAUGAGUGUUGUAUUUAUUUUGUGCCAUAGCAAGAAGUUGGCAAGCUUUUAUUAUUCACAGUUUAUGACCAGAAGCAAUUGGUGAACCCGUUUAUAUUCUAUGUUCAAUUUGAGUGAGGCUUCCUCCUCAUUAAAAUACAGGUAAGCAUUUUGUGCAAGAAAACACAGAACAAUUGAUUUUUCAUGUUUACCCCUGCUGGAUCAGCAGUGAUCUUGUGGGUGUAUUGGCUUUCUGGGCGCUAGCUAUGUUGUACUUUAGACUUUUUGAACAUUAAGUGAUCCAAGAUUUGGUAUACCAUUAAAAUAAUUAUUAAUUGCAUAUAUAGUGCUUAUAAUCCCAGUGGAUUCCAACAUGCUGUUUGACAUAAGUCAUUAUGUUUCAUCUGUAGUCACAGCAGAUCAAUUGACAAAUUGUUUCAACAGUAGGGUUAAGGGAGAAACUUACUCUCCAUCUUCCCUUAUUCGUUUGAACAGCGUCAUGGGAUCUGGAAUGAAAAAGUUAUCAGGAGCUUGGUUAAAAUUCUCAUCUGAAGGAUGACACCUUUUACAACACAGUGUUCCUGCUCACCAUAGUGGAGCAUUCGUUUGUUGGACAUUUUGGUCUGGCAUGAAGAGUAGCACCUACUGAUCCACUAAUACUAUAGACCACAGAACCAUGGAAAAUAGAGGUAUCUCACCACUGCCCAGGUCCAACAAAUGAAUUGUCAAUGAAUAGAUGGCAAAUUGUCAGAUUUAUUCAGGGCAAAAUCUUGUAGCUGCACUGAUUAAGUUGGUGCAUGAUCAGCACUUGUCUUGCAAACUAUGUUUCUAUUUCUAUUUAAACAGAUUCCAGCUCAGAAUUUGUUUUUGAAGAAACAUACCAGGCUUGUUCUCCAAGAGGUGUCAAAAAGAUCCAGACAAAAGCACCUAAAACACCUUCCAAAAAGUUAAAACCAGCCCUAACUUCAAAGAAACUCUGCUGCUGCUUCUCAGGCAACAUGGGAAAUGCAUUGCGAGAAAUGGCUGAUGGGUCUAACAAGUUGGUCUUUUAGAGUAUACACAAUCUCCAACCAUCCCAAGAUGGAUCAAGGUUGUUCCUUCAAAACACAGUAUGGUCAGAAAGAUAUGGAAAGACAUCUUAAAACCCACACUGGUGAGAAACCCUUCCAGUGCGAGGUGUGCAGUAAGAGAUUCAGCCGGAGGGACAAACUGACCAUGCACAGCCGCUCCCAUACGGGAGAGAAGCCGCACAAGUGCAAACACUGUGCGUACGCCGCAGCCGACAGCAGCAGCCUGAAGAAGCACCUCCGCAUCCACUACGACGAGCGCCCCUUCAAGUGCCAGAUCUGCCCCUACGCCAGCCGCAACUCCAGCCAGCUCACCGUGCACCUCCGCUCGCACACCGGAGAUGCCCCUUUUCAGUGCCAUCAGUGCGAAGCGAAAUUCAAAAUCAAUUCCGACCUCAAGAGGCACAUCCGGAUCCACUCAGGGGAGAAACCGUACAAGUGCGAGUUCUGCGACUACCGCUGCGCCAUGAAGGGCAACCUGAAAUCCCACGUCCAGAUCAAGCACGGCACAGAGAACUCCUUCAGGUGCUCGGAGUGUGACUUCCAGUGCGGGAACAAGACAGCCCUCCGCCAGCACUCGCGCGAGCACCAGCCCGCGCAGCCCAUCAAGUGCUUGAAGUGCAGCUACUCCUGCUCCAGCAGGGGGGCCCUGAAGGUGCACGAGAGGAUCCACUCGGAGGACCGGCCCUUCAAGUGCGACUUCUGCACUUUCGACACCAAGCAGCGCAGCAACCUGAUCAUCCACAGGAAGAAGUUUCACUCCGACAAGGUGGAGGAGAGGCACGGCAAAGGCGCCAAGGGGGAAGAAGGCCAGAGGCAGGUCAGUUCCCGCUACCGGGCGAAGCUGGAUGCUGCCCGCGCCUUCCGCUGUGAUGCCUGCGAUGCCUCGUUCGUUCGGGAGGACUCCCUGCGGAGUCACAAGAAGCAGCACCGUGAUGCCCAGCUGACUUUUCUGCAGCUCCAGAUGAACCCCAGGGAUGCUUCAUGCCCGGAGUCUCCGAUCCGUCAGCUUCAGAUGCCCUUGCAUUCCAACCAGGUGUCCUCCUACGGAGACGCCCAGUUGAAAAUCAUUGUCGGCCACUCGCUCGGCCAGGAUGGCACAUUUGUUCAGGCAUCGGUUGAUGUGCAGCAGCCUAAGGGAGACUCUGUGCUCCUGAAUUCGGAUAACCAGGGAGAAGGCAGUGCCAAUUCUAUGAUACAGCAGGUCAAUUUGUUAACACCCGUCCAGCACAUGGUACCUCACAAUGAGGUCCCCAUGGAGCACCAGACGGUUCUCCUGACACACAUUGCUCCCAGUUCGGAGGACUCUCUCCACCAGGCUCUGAUCCAGACCACAUCAGUAACCUCUCAGGACUCCAACAACAGCCAAACCUUCAUCACCACCUGCUCGGACCUCGAAGGCCUGAACGCCUUGAUUCAGGAAGGAGGCACAGAAGUGACUGUAGUGACAGAAGGAAAUCCCAACUCUUCCGUGCCGUCUUCUAUAACGACGCCUUCAAUCAUCUCCCCACCUUUGCAAGACUUGACUUCGAAGCAAGCUGUUGUUGUUCACAGUGACUCCACAUCUAAUGAAGGUGGCAAUCUCAUGGUUCCCAACAUCAGUAUAAGCACUCAGGGGGUCAUAAUUCAUAGUCUACCUCUUGUUGUUUCAGCAGCUCAGCAGCAACAGUCCUUAGACCAGCUUUCCUCUCAGAACAUCUAUUCAGACCCUCAUGGUACUUCCACAACUAUAACCUUGCAGUAGAAUAAAGCAUUUCAAUUGCGGGCAAUAGAUUUUCUGUAUGCAACAGGUGUGUGCAGUCCUGUAGUUGAUAUUAUUAGUCUUGGACUAUUUUUGGCAUCCAUUUCUGCAAAAGGUAACGGUUAAAUUUCUGCAGAAGAGAAUAUAAGUUUCAAAUGUCAAUGUUGUUUGAUCUGAAGCUCAGUGAGGAAUGCACGCAGUAUUAGAAACUUCCUGUCAAUGGGGAAAAAUGCAUCCAUUUUCAAAAUGUUGUGCCUAUGUUGUGGAGUUUUGACUUCAAGAAUAGCUCCAUGCAUGUUGAAACCAACUGUGAUUUAAAUGAUUAAAUCCUUCCUCUGUUUUAACUUUGUUGAGCCCCCCAAGGACAAUUAGCUUUGUUUAUUUAUAGACCUUUUCUGUUCAUUAAAAUAUUUCCAACCUAUAAUGUCACAAAAGACCACACUAGCCACUUUAUGUUAUGUUACUUAAUAUCGGAAGCUCGAAUGCCAAGUUUAUUUUUAUUAACAUCGGUGGCAGUUCGCUCUGCCCUUUUUACAUCUUGUAAAAUAAAAGCAAUCAAAGCUAUUCUCAGAUUGGCAAGUUAGCUUUUUCAAAGAAGAUAAAUGUCCAAUUAUAUAUGCAUACUAUGCAGGAAAAAAUAAGGAAGGAGAUAUGGUUACAGUCAAAGUUUGCCGCUUUCUUGAGAAGGUUUAUGUGAAAUAAAAGCUUCAUUUUAAUAAAGAUAUGCACAGGCUGGGUGCUUGUAAGCAGAUUAAUCCAGCUUUUAACCAUACUUAAACUCUGCGCACACAAGAACAUGAUGCCAAAGGCAAAAAUGGGCAAUGAUAUGAUAGCAUCAGUAGAAUCUGUACUCCUUUUUUAAUAUACAUUUAUUAUUGCCAAUUACUAUUUUUAUCGCCACCAGAUUUUGGAAUCUCCAGCUGUGUGGGUUUUUCCCGUCUCUAUAAGACGUGUUAAGAUCAGAACCCCGCGCCCUUGCACAAGCCUGACGAAGUGUGGGAAGGCUCCUCCAGCCCGCCCACCUCCAAGCCACUCAUUGUUUAACACAUCACAGGCUCCACAUCCCCGUGAAAAACCCUCAGGUUUAUUUGGAAGAGAGGCACGUCCCUCACUGACAGCGCUGCCAGCAAUUGCCACCCAUGCCAUGGCAGAGCUCAACUCAUUUUGUGCCAGAUGCUCGGGGAAUCCAGGUGGCAUUCGGUUACUGAACUGAGGCAGGCUCGUACCCGUGACGCCUAGGUCAUAGAGCUCAACUAGCACUGGACAAGCACCUCUACCAUUUGCAACACUUGGAAGGUUAGAUCCCUUUCUGCUUACCACCCUUUUGGCGCUGGACCGUGCUCAGUGCUUGAUUGAUGGUGAUGCAAAGCUGGGGCAACAUGAAAGAAACAGAUUCAGUUUUGUUUUGGUGCAUUCAUUGCUCAUCAGCUCAGGAUCGUGCGAUCAGGUAACAGAUCACUGUCUGUCCUAAUAAGAACUAUGACUAGAGCUAGAGGUAAUUUGGGAAUUGGGAACUCGCUGUGUCUAACCUUAGUGCUAUUACACUAAAUGUGUAAGCAUAAAGUUCCAAAUGACUUUUUACCUUAUAGCGUAUGUCUCUUCCUAGGGUAAUUUUGGGGGAGGACCAGAAAUUAGUACUUUGUAUCUGUUACAGACGGUCCUUUCAGCAUUUUUGUUCAUUGAUUACAAGUUUACAAUUCUUAACAAGGAUGGGGUACUUCUCUCUUAUUGUGUUUGUGUCACUGAAUUACAAGUAUUGCUGCAGGUUCAUCAUCUUGCGCUAUAAAAUUGUAUUUGGUGUUAAGCUUUUAUAUUCACAAAACGAGUGUGGAUCAAGCUAACAAAGUUUCUGCACUUUGGUCUCUUUCAAGAAAUAUCUGAAUGACACAGGAAGUGAUAACUAUCUAGCUCCAGUGUUUUACUGCAGUUGUGUUCACUGCUGAGCAAAAUUCUUUUUGCAUUGUUCUGCUGUUUUCGCUCAUGUUUUUUGAUCCUUAUGCAGAAAUGAAUUGAAGAUCGACAUGGAAUUGUAGGUUUCAGCCAUUUUGUUUUCAGCAAACAGGUAAUCCUGAUAUAUGUUUUGUAGAACACUAGUGAGGCCAUUUAGGCCUGCGGAUGUAUAGAGAGAAACAAAUUAUGUGAAGGAUGAGGAUCACCUGCCAUUCAGUCAUCAAUUAAAUUCCAUUGGUACACGUGAUGGACUAGCUGCUAAUGUUUCAUUGUGGUUUUUCAUGUGUAAUUCACCAUCUGUUAUGAUCCCAUUUUUAAACUUUCCAAUCAAUGUGAAUUAAAGAUUGCUAAAUGAUAA